AUGACUCAUGGUAAGACAGGCAAUUAUUAUAGCUUACGUUCCCAACAUGAGAAAGCAGCCUUAUAUUUCCAGAGAGCCCUAAAGUUGAAUCCUAGGUAUCUCGGGGCCUGGACUUUGAUGGGGCAUGAGUACAUGGAAAUGAAAAACACAUCUGCUGCUAUCCAAGCUUACCGACAUGCCAUUGAGGUCAACAAGAGAGAUUACAGAGCUUGGUAUGGCCUUGGGCAGACCUAUGAGAUCCUUAAGAUGCCGUUUUAUUGCCUUUAUUAUUAUAGGCGGGCCCACCAGCUGCGUCCCAAUGAUUCUCGUAUGCUGGUUGCCUUAGGAGAAUGUUAUGAGAAACUCAAUCAACUAGUGGAAGCCAAAAAGUGUUAUUGGAGAGCAUAUGCUGUGGGAGAUGUGGAGAAAAUGGCUCUCGUGAAGCUGGCAAAGCUUCAUGAACAGUUGACGGAGUCAGAGCAGGCUGCCCAGUGUUACAUCAAAUACAUCCAGGAUAUCUAUUCCUGUGGGGAAGUAGUGGAGCACUUGGAGGAGAGCACAGCCUUCCGCUAUCUGGCCCAGUACUAUUUCAAGUGUAAGCUGUGGGAUGAAGCUUCAACUUGUGCUCAGAAGUGUUGUGCAUUCAACGAUACCCGGGAAGAAGGUAAGGCUUUGCUCCGCCAGAUCCUCCAGCUGCGAAACCAAGGAGAGACGGCCAGCACUGACACGCCUGGUACCUUUUUCCUCCCUGCCUCACUGUCUGCAAACAACACUCCCACACGCAGAGUUUCUCCACUCAACCUGUCUUCAGUCACUCCAUAGUGGACAGCUCUCAAGUCAGCUAGACCAGUAUUAAGCCUUACCUCCAGUAAAGAAUGGCCACAUCUGUUCUCCCAAGGACCUAAGCUCUUCUCAUUUUUACAGAUAGAAACAGCCUUGGGGACAGCCUAUGGAACCACCUUCAGAGGCAGACAGAAAUAUGGCGGGGACAGGUCCUCUGCCAGCCAGCACUUCUCCCUUCUAUUCAGAGUAGCAGGUCUUGGCCUUCCCAGUCUCCCCACCUCCAAAAAUCCCUUUUACAGCACUUUACCAUAAGUGAUGCUAUAGAAACAAGGUUUAAUGCUGCUGGGAGUGGGAUAGGCAAGGAAGGGAGUAUCCUGCUUGUCUUCUGCCAGUAGGAAGGUCAGGUGUCGAACAGUAAUGACCUCUUUGUUUUUUAAAGACAGGGUUUCUCUGUGUAGCCUAGGCUGGGGUCUU